UCUCUGCACCUAGAAUAUCAAGCAGUAUUAAUCUAAACAUAGUACCUAGCUAAUCACUCGAUGGACCAGUAAAUAUGGAUAAAGUGUCGCUAGCCACUAUGCUAAUGUAAACCUACGUCUGCAUAAUUUUUCGCCCCAACCAAGCCAUUUCCAACCAUAUCCCGUGUCACAAAAGUCUUAAAAAUACGCCAUAUUAAACUUGCAACGGUCCAUUAAUACAUUAAACAUACAAUCAGUUAUUUACUACGCAAAGAAGUUACGUAACCUGUGCUACAAAGUUAUUGAAGACGGUGGUCAAAAUAGGAACUAAUUUAAGACCCUACUGAAGCUACAAGAAACAUGCUACGGUAGCGACACAACAAUUGUAUAAUGUUACUUUGUGAUAAAAUAUUGACUUGUUAAAGAUUUAUUUCUCACAUUGUAUCAAAAACAUGGAACCAAAUCGGACUAUUGACAGUUUAAUGAAGCAAUAUUUACCUCCAGAACGAUUGAAGGAAUUCAACAGAAUAUACUACGGGAGGGAAGAUCAUUGCGAGUUGAAUUUAAAGAAAUCGACAAGUCAAGCCGGUAAAGAAAAUAAUGUGGAGAUAGCUGCGUAUGCCUUCGAUGCUGCAAAGGAAGAAACUAGGAAACCAAGGUUAGUGAGAUUGGGUUUGAUUCAACAUUCAAUUGUUUUACCCACCAACAAACCAAUUAAAGAACAAAGAGAGGCGAUUUUCGCUAAAGUCGAGAAGAUUAUACAAAUAGCCGCAGAAGAAGGAGUGCAGAUUGUUUGCUUGCAAGAAACAUGGUCUAUGCCGUUCUUUUUAUGUACGAGAGAAAAGGAUAGAUGGUCAGAAUUUGCGGAAUCAGCUGAAAAUGGACCAACAAUCACGUUUAUUUCUGGGCUAGCGAGGAAACAUGGAAUGGUCAUAAUAUCACCGAUUUUAGAAAAAGAUAGAAAAGGGGUAUGGUGGAAUACGGCUGUAGUAAUUAACGAAAAUGGUUCAGUGAUGGGAAAACAUCGUAAGAACCAUUUACCAAGUGUAGGCAGCUUUAGUGAGACGUCGUAUUAUUCGCCAGGCGAUACCGGCCAUCCAGUUUUCGAAACCACAUUUGGAAAAAUUGCCAUAAACAUUUGCUACGGACGCCAUCAAGCUUUAAACUGGCUGAUGUUUGCUCUGAAUGGCGCGGAAAUCGUUUUCAAUCCAUGUGCAACAAUAUCAGCAUUCGGCGAGUCGUUUUGGGGCAUUGAAGCUCGAAAUGCUGCAAUAGCAAACAGUUAUUUCACAUGCAGCAUUAACAGAGUUGGAACAGAAGAAUUUACACUUCAAGAUGGAAGUAAUAAGGUGACUAGAAGUUACUAUGGAUCCAGUUAUGUAACUGCACCUAAUGGCUGCAGAACACCAAGCCUGUCAAGAGAGAAAGACGGUCUUUUGGUUGCAGAAGUCGAUUUAAACUUAUGCAGACAGAUAAGAGACCACUGGAGUUUUAAUAUGACUGCUAGGUUGGAUAUGUAUGCUGAUCUUCUUAUCGUGUGAAGGGAUCAUAAGUUAUAAACUAAAUAAUAUUUUGCCAAUAUCUUGCCACCUCCAACCCUCGGAGGGUAGCUUUUAUAAGGUCUUCUAAUUAACUACUAGAA